UCCAGUAGAGGGCGCUUUUAAUCGCUCGGCCACGUAAGUCAGGGUUGUAUUUUCCUUCACUGUGUUAUUUUAUUACGUUAAUUCCACCUUACGGGAUAAUAUGUGAGAAUGUUAUAGCAUUACAAAGAGUGUAAAAUAAAUUUCCUGUGUUGUUACCUCCCCUGGACUGAGAUUGACAAACAUGUCAAACUUCCAACCAAGUCCGUACAACAAUAUCUCGGGAGUGCCACAGACAAAUGCGCAGCCCGGGCAACAAUACGCCAACCAAUAUAAUCCAACGUCACAGCCGUCAAUAUUAAAGCAAGAUGCUAACUCGAACAGUCCUGUGCCUGGAUUUAUUAGUCCCACUAACCAGGGCAAAGUAAAUCACUUUAAUCAGAGCGCAAACAGUUCGCCCGCCUUCAAUCAGUCGGGAAUGAUGCCUCAACCAAUUCCCGCUUUCAAUUCAUCGCCAUUGAGACCACCAAUCAAACCUACUUUAGGAAGUUCAAAUCAAAACAUGUUCCAAAACAUUCCUUCAUCUUCAGCUAAUGCCAAUUCUAAUUCUUCGCCUUACCAUCCCAAAUAUCAAGAACAGAAGCAAAUGAAUCAUAACACUCCACCUCUUAUUCCAUCUAGUCAAUUCAAUCAACCACUAAUUAAUGGCCCACCCUCACUACCACAACAAAUAAAUCAACAAACAAUGCAAUAUCCACCUAUGACUUCACCACCAUCAAGUUCCUACAGUCCUGUUAUUAAUAAGCCACCUGCGACUUCUACCAACUUGUUAGGGCCAAUUAAUUCAUCAAUACCACCAGCUUAUUACCCUCCUUCAUCAGUACAACCCGGCCCAUUGACUAGUCAACCUAGUACUUCAUAUUCAGGUCCUUUACAAAAUAGUCCUUUAAUAUCAGGUCCACCAAUGACUCGACCUCCCAUUUCCUCUGGGCAAAUUGGUCAAAUGGGGCAUCCAAGGCCAAUAGGAGUUAAUGGCCCAGUUGGUCCCAUGCCUGGCCAGAUAAGGCCUAACACUGGUCUUCUCUCUGGGCCAACUUCUCUUCCUCCCACAACUGGAUUAAUGAAGCCACCUAUGGGGCCGCAACUCGGAAGUCAACAAUAUCCCGCUCAACAUAACAAUGGAUUAGUAGGGACAAGUGCAGGAAUGGGUGUACCUGGACCCAGACCACAAAUGUACAGUGGUCCUUCGAGUUUACCUAUGGGGCCAUUGCCACCACAGCCUAGUAUGAAUCAAAUGGGUCAAACCCCCAAUGCUGGGCCGCCUUCUGGACCUUUACCGGGACCUCCUAAGUCAAACAUACAGAACAGAUAUCCACAAAUGCCUACAAGCAGUUCUGCUAGUCAGCAACCUCUAAUGCCACCACAGCCAGUGGGCAAGCAGUUCCAGACGCCAUAUACUGCUCAAGCAAUGACACAGCAAAUGGGCCAGCUGAGUGUGACAAAGCAAGGUUUUGACCAGUUAUGGGGUCACCAAAUGAUGGACUUACUUCAAUGCAGACAUAUACUGCCCGAGUACCCAGAGGAUCCACCAGAAAUAAGGCUCAGUCACCAGUUUGCUGAUGCUCCCAAUUGCAGUCCAGAUAUCUUCCGAUGUACGGUAAACCGGUUACCGGAUACCAAUUCGUUGCUACAAAAGUGUCGAUUACCCUUGGGUAUCCUUAUUCACCCAUUUAAAGAUCUUAAUAACCUGCCAGUGAUCCAGUGCAGUACGAUAGUUCGUUGUCGCGCUUGCCGUACAUACAUCAACCCUUUCGUAUACUUCGUGGACGCCAAGCGAUGGAAGUGCAACCUCUGCUAUCGUGUCAAUGACCUACCCGAAGAGUUCCAGUACGAUCCAGUCAGUAAGUCAUACGGUGAGCCAACACGUAGACCUGAGAUCAAGUCUGCAACGAUAGAGUUCAUUGCGCCCGGAGAAUACAUGCUGCGUCCCCCGCAGCCUGCAGUAUACCUCUUCCUAUUUGAUGUCUCACAGAUCGCAAGGGACUCGGGUUAUUUACAGGUGGUUUGUGACACGCUGAAGGAGAAGCUGGAUGAAUUGCCGGGUGAUGCGCGUACGCAGGUCGGCUUCAUCUGCUAUGAUGCUCACGUGCACUACUACCUGAUGGCGGACGGUCUCGCGCGACCCAAGGAGCUCACCGUCAUCGAUAUUGAUGACGUGUUCCUGCCAUCGCCGGAAUCGCUGCUGGUGAAUCUGGGCGAGUGCCGCGACAUGAUCAUGGAGCUGCUGACGGCGCUGCCUCGCAGACACUCAGCUCCCGGUGUGCCUGUCUCUGCGCUAGGUGCCGCGCUGCAGGCAGCUUAUAAACUUAUGGCACCGACUGGAGGACGAAUCACUGUCUUCCAAACAUGUUUGCCUAACAUUGGACCUGGAGCGUUACAAUCCAGGGAAGAUCCAAACAGUCGUUCAUCAAAGGAGGUGGCACAUUUGAACCCCGCGAGUGACUUCUACAAGAGGCUGGCGCUGGACUGCAGCGGCGCUCAGGUCGCUGUCGACCUCUUCCUGCUCAGCUCACAGUACUGCGACCUCGCCACACUCAGUGGUAUGAGCAAGUUCAGUGCUGGCACGGUGUACCACAUCCCGCUGUUCCGUGCUGCGCGCUCCUGGCAGGCUGAACAACUCACGCGCAUGCUCACCAGAUAUCUCACCAGGAAGAUCGGCUUCGAGGCUGUCAUGCGCGUGCGCUGCACCAAGGGUAUUGCGAUACACACGUUCCACGGCAACUUCUUCGUGAGAUCUACGGAUUUACUGUCUUUGCCCAACGUAUCUCCGGACGCGGGCUUCGGUAUGCAGCUAACUAUAGAAGAAUCUAUGUCAGAUUUACAACAUGUCUGCUUCCAGGCUGCCUUGUUGUAUACUAGUAGUAAAGGUGAGCGUCGUAUCCGUGUACACACGCUGGCGCUACCCAUCGCCACCAACCUGACGGAUGUACUGCACUCCGCAGACCAGCAGUGCAUCAUAGGACUCCUCAGCAAAAUGGCGGUGGAUCGUUGCGCGUCCGCGUCAAUGUCGGAGGCGCGCGAGGCGUUGAUGAACGUGGCGGUGGACACGCUCUCGGCUCACAGACUGGCGCGCAACCUGCCCGCCGGCGCCGUCAGCAGCGCACUGCACGCGCCCGCCUCGCUGCGGCUCUUGCCACUAUAUCUACUGGCGCUUCUCAAACGGAAAGCAUUCCGUACCGGCACAUCGACCCGUCUGGACGAGCGCGUGGCGGACAUGUGUGACAUGAAGACGUUACCACUGGGACAGCUGCUCCGCGCCGUCUACCCCGACCUGUACCCCGUGCAUGACCUGCAUUUACACAUGCGUCAUGACACACACGACCAUAACGACCAACAGGAUCACGACGCGGAACACGAUGAAGAGGAGGACGAUGCGCCUGAUCCGCCUCGACUCCAGCUUACAGCUGAACGUAUAAACUCAAACGGAGCGUACCUCCUGGACGAUGGGAGUACACUAAUGAUAUACGUGUGCUCCAACGUGAGCCCCGCCUUCCUGUCGGAGGUGUUCGGUGUGGGUGUGCACGCGCAGCUGCCGGAUGAGGCGCGCAGUCUGCCGCGACUGGACACCCCCACCAGCCGGAUGCUGCACGCCUUCAUAGACAAGCUCAAUGAUGACCGGCCGUACCCCUCCGGCGUGCACAUCCUCAGGGAUACGUCACCAUCACGGCAGCUGUUCACGGAACGCCUGGUCGACGACAGGGUUGAGUCCGCGUUCUCCUACUACGAGUUCUUACAACACGUUAAGAACCAAGUGAAAUGAGUCGAGAGUGAGUAGUGAGUGAGUUCUCACAGCGCCAUCUAUCGCCGGACACUGGAACUAGUGCUGGCGGAAGCGGACUCUAUAGUGAUAUGUAACGCCUCACGACACUGCCCUUACCUUACUCCACUGUAGUCACUUGUAACAAUAUUAUUGUCUCUUUUGUUCUUGUUGACAUGACAGAGACAAUAAUAUAUAAUACAUAUAUGUAAUACGGUACAUAGCUAUUGUUCUAAAAUAU